AUGUACUACUUGCGGGAAGAAGCAGCCGGGGAUAUGCCGUAUAGGUACAAACAGAUGCUACAACUGUGGAAUGGAAGGACAUAUGGCUCGGAACUGUCCUACUCAGAUCCAGACACCUAUCCCUCCGCAGGUUCAGAACAAAGGUGUGCUUCCACAGCUACACCUGAUGUAAGCUGCGAUAGAAGGCCUGCAGAUAAGCCAAGAGAGACUGGAAGCUCCGCCAGUAGCGACGGAUGCCAGAAUUUCCUCCAUCACCAAGGAGGAUGCGGCCAAUGCUUCUACGGUCAUCACAGAUAUCCCUUACCACGGAUUGACGAUCUGUUCGAUCAGUUGAAGGGGGCUACUGUUUUCUCUAAGAUUGACUUGAGGUUUGGCUUUCAUCAAGUGAAGAUUGCAACAGCAUGUGCUCUCACAGCCUUUAAGUUGCGUCAUCCAAUAAAGAUGUACCUUGAUCGUAGCACGGAUAUGGUAAUGGUAGGAGGAAGGCAUCCAAUGAAAAUAACCUAUUCUGUGGGUUUUAAAUCCGAUGGAAAGAUUACGGCCUUGUACUUGAAUUUGUUGGUAAAUGCAGGCAUAUCAGAGGAUUAUAGUCCACUUAUUUCACAUGCCAUUAUAACUUGUCUAAAAAAAUACAACUGGGGUGCUCUCGCUUUUGAUAUUAAACUAUGCAAGAUGAAUCUUACAAGUAAAUCAUCGAUGCGAGCACCAGGGCAGGUACAGGGAUCUUACAUUGCUGAAGCUAUUAUUGAGCGUGUAGCAUCUUUCCUGUCCUUGGAUGUCGAUGUUGUGAGAAAAAGAAAUUUGCAUACAUAUGAAAGCCUGAAGUUUUUUUAUGGAAGUAGCAGUGGAGAAGCUCCGGAAUAUACUUUACCUGCUAUAGUUGAUGAGUUGUUUACAUCUGCAAGCUACUUCAAUCGUCUUGAAAUGGUAUUGCAUUUCAAUAGUUGCAACAAAUGGAAAAAACGAGGGAUUUCUUGGGUACCAAUUGUAUAUGAAGUGGAACCAAUGCCAACACCAGGGAAAGUAUCCAUUCUAAAUGAUGGUUCAAUUGUUGUUGAAGUCGGAGGAAUUGAAAUAGGCCAGGGACUGUGGACAAAGGUGAAGCAAAUGGCUGCAUUCGGUCUUGAACAGCUAUGGGAUGAAGAGAAAAAAUAUCUUUUGGAUAGGGUUAGAAUCAUUCAAGCAGAUACUCUGAGUUUGGUUCAGGGAGGUUUAACUGCUGGAAGCACCAAAUCUGAAGCAAGCUGCGAAGCAGUUCGUCUAGCAUGCUCUAUUCUAGUCAGCAGAUUAAAGCCUCUUAAGCAAAGUUUGGAAGAGCAAAUGGGAUCAAUUUCAUGGGACACCCUUAUUACCCAGGCAAAUUUGCAAUAUGUGAACUUAUCAGCGAGUACAUUUUGGGUUGCUGACGAUACUUCAUCAUAUCUAAAUUAUGGGGCUGCUAUAAGCGAGGUAGAAAUUGAUGUUCUCACUGGAGCUACUACGAUAUUGAGAGCAGACCUUACAUAUGACUGCGGACAGAGCUUGAGUCCUGCCGUGGAUCUAGGACAGGUUGAAGGGUCUUUUGUUCAAGGAAUUGGAUUUUUUGUCCUAUUGAUUUUGUUCAAUAUAUAA